UCGUGUUCUUCUUCUACGGUCCCCUUUACUUCCGGUUUACUACGGCAUUUCAUGUGGGUGACUUCCGGCCGAUACAGAUGGCAGAGGACAGCAGGACAGUGAGGGUGAGCGGUCUGCCCACAGACAUCGACCAAGAGCGGCUGAUGGACAAACUCUCAGUCCACUUCCUGCGGUCCAGCAAUGGAGGAGGGGAAAUAGACACCGUCGCCAUUAGCGAGAAGAAGCCCGACUCCGCCCUGGUCCACUUUGAAGACAGCACAGUGGCACAGAGAGUCAUUCAACACGGCCAACACAUACUGAAAGUGGAUGGGAAGGAGUACAAGCUCUCUGUCAGCAAGUAUCGACCCAGGCUGCAUCCUGACAAGAUCAUUUUAAGCAUUACAGCAACUGUGGACUACAGCCAGAUUCCUGAGGGUCGAAGUGCGUUGACGCGUCUUCAGCAGGACCACCCAGACGUAGAGUUGAGCUGCGACUUGAGCAAGAAGUUUGGCAGACUGCGGGGUGCCUACUCCAAAGUGCAGCCUGCCUUGGCACAGCUGCUGGGCAGAAAUCCUGAAGGGCUGCACUCGGCGAGAUUAACAGGCUCAGGCCAACCCGUCAACACGCCUCUUUUAAAAGAUCCAAUCAAGAACCAUAAAGAAGGAGGAGACAAACAAGAUUUUAAUCCUCUAGCAUCUGAAGAGGACUUCUCUCUGAUGGUGGAUGCAGACGUCUUCCAGUAUCUCCAGAAACGUUGGGGCCAGGAAUACCAGCGCAUUCAGAGCCAGUACGGCGUCGAGGUUGUGGAUGUGACUAAUGAGGGGCUCACCACCUUGUUUCUGAGCGUAGUAGUAGGCGGCGAGGAGACGCUGGAGCGCAUCAAGCGUGCGAGGAAGGCUAUCAGCUCUCUUUACCAGGAGAGUGAGAAGAAGAUCUUCCAAACUCAGCUCAGCAAGACUGACCUGAACCCCAGAGGAGGCUUGAGGCAGGCCAUGGAGACCAUAGGUGUCCAAUUCCCCAAGCUCCUCCUCAGUGACGAUGACUGCAACGUCUACAUCGUCGGCGACCGCGUUGAUGUGUCCGAGGCCAAGCAGUUUCUUCUCCAGGAACACAGUGGAGGGAACAAAGAAGACAUCGCAAGUCUUCUAAGAUUUCCAUCUUAUCCCCUGUCAGCCACCGAGGAGCACCUAGCUGCAUCUUCUGGUAUCACAGGACAGCAGAGAGGACACAGAAGCAGCAAAAUGUAUCAUUUAGCAGCUUUCCCUAAAGAUUCCGGAUUGACUCCACUUGUAGACUUACCUUCACCAGGGCCCUCGUCUUCCGGCCUGACAUUGGUCCAUGAUGUUAGGACAGAAGUAGCAUCAGAGGACGGCAACACAAGUCCAUCAAUGAGGAGAAAAAACGACUCAGUGGUUCGAGAACUCCACUUCAGAACGACACUGACCCCAUCGUCUGGUCCAGGAACUGCACCGAAGAGAACUCAAAGUUUUUGUGGAGCAUUUCAGCAGGGAGGCCCGAAGACUGAAGAGGACUCCUCAGCACUGCAACCCAGGACUUCUAGCUUAAGUACCCAGAAAGACUAUCAGGAGCUCUACCACGCAGAGAUGCUGGUGCCAACCAUCAUGUGGCACCACAUGGUGGAGGCCUACAGCACCCAAGUUAAAGCCCUGACACUGGACGUCCAGAUCAAGGAUGAAACCCCCAGCAACGGUGUCCAGACCACCAUCUCUAUCUGUGGAGCCGAGCCGUCCGCCAUGGCCUCAUGCCAGCAGGGUUUGCAGCAACUAAUCGACAGCUUGGCCACAGAUUUCUGUGUACAAGAGCUCCGCCUGUCGGAGCUCGGCAUCACGGACCCUAAAGACGAGACAUUGCAGGCCUGCUGCACGGAGGUGGGUCAACGCUUCAGCAAGAUUAGCGUCCGCGUGAUGAAGAGGAGCUUGUAUCUACUCGGGUCAAAGCGCUUGUGUGCUCAGGUGGGCGCUUCGCUGCGGGAUCUGUUCUCUGGAGACGGCACCCAAACUGAUAUUAAGGAUGCGGCUACUCCCUUGACCUCCGUCUCUUGUCCGUCUACCUCCGUAUCUCAGCCCUUGGCACCUGCCUUAGCCUCCACCUCCACCUCUGGUCCCUCAGCCUUCGCCUCUCAUCCUUUGACAUCCACAUCUUGUCCCUCGACAUCUGCCUUAGCCUCUACCAUUGUCUCUAGUUCCUCUACAUCCACCUCUAGUCCAUCGAUCCCUGCAUCUUGUCCCUCGACCUCCGCCUCUCAUCCCUUCGCCUCUCGUCCCUCGACCUCUCGUCCCUCCGCCUCUCGUCCCACAACAUUCACAUCUCAUUCCUCAACAUCCGCAUCUAGUCCCUCGACAUCCGCCUUAGCUUCUACCGCCAUCUCUAGUUUCUCUACUUCAGCCUCUACUCCUGUUACGUAUGCCUGUAGGCAAAUAAACAAGGGCAAUGAGAUGCAGACACAAUCUGUGAUUUCAACCAACGCGAGGCUCUCAAACCACGAGGACCAUUCUGUGACAGAGCUCCUUAACGGAUCUGUGGAUCAAACUGCAACCAGGACCGACCAGGUCACGAAAGAUGAAUGGGAAAGUCCAAAUGUUGUGGAUCGGCAUACGCAGGAGACGUGCACAAAAGGACGCUUUAAUGGCACCCAGAGUGAACCGCUCCAGGAACCCGAGCCCACUCGUCAGGCGCCGGUGGAAGGUAUCUGCAUGUGCGGAGAGAGCGGCACCUCGAUGAGCAGGACAGAGUGUGGGGCAGUCAUGUGCUCAGAGUGCCUGGACGCCGUGCACAUUCAUUGCAGGGUUUGCCACAGCGGGGCGAAGAUGGUGCCGGCGGGCAUCCGAGGAAAGAUAACCUACAGUGAACUCAACUUAAGCCUGCCUGGUCACAGCAAGCACACCACCAUCAAGAUCACCUACCUCAUUCCUGAUGGCGUACAGCAGGAAUCCCACCCUUCCCCCGGAAAACCCUUCAAAGGCGGCAUGUUCGAGGCCUUCCUCCCCGACUGCGAGAGGAGCAGGAAGCUGCUGCCCAGGCUGGAGGACGCCUUCAGGCGGGGCCUCACCUUCACCGUGAUCAAAAAGAAGGGCUCGAAAAUCGCCUGGGACGCCAUCCCGCACAAGACCAGCCUGCAGGGCGGCCGGUCAGGGAACGGUUACCCGGAUUCUUCGUACUUGAAACGCUUGUCCGACGUCUUGACCUCAGUGGGGAUUGGAGAGCGCGCUGCCAAAUCCUGACACGUCUUUGAGUCCAGCAAGAAACAUUGCUUCAGGGACCCCGCCCUAAGACGGACGCACACGCUGACUACAUCGGUGUCGCCAUAGCAACAGGAGAGAAGGAAAAAGGCAGAGAAUAGAAAGUGAGAGAGAGAGAGAGAGUCAAACAACCUGGAGUCUGACAGAUGGAGAGGCAGACAAAUGGCAGAGGAGGAGUAGAAGAAGAAGAAGAAGGCAGCAGGGCGUCAUCUCAGCAUCCAAAUACAAACCAGCGCCGUUUUCUCACACUCGCCAUUCAUAUCUGCUGCCAACUGUCUGACUGUGUGACUCGCACACACAUGGCCAUGUCCAGUGUGUGCACCCUGGACCCCAUCACGAGGCUCACCUGUGCCAAGGGUCAGCGUGUGGAUAACUUGUCAUUUCCAAUAACGAUAUUGGAACCUUAAGUAUUGGCCGACACUGAUCCGGUAUGAUAUCAGCACCAAUUAUACAUAUUUGUAAUAUUUUGUCAGGUUUGAUCAAGCAAAAAUGAGUCAGAGAACAAUGGUAGAUUUAAAAAAAAACACUAACCUAUUUAAUAUUAAUUGUCUGUAAUGGACUUAUGUUGUCUUUAAGUUGAAGUGGGGUGGUCAUUCGUUGUUGUUGUUUUUUUUUUAAUUCAUUAAGUUAAGCUCAUGACACAGUAAGUUGAAUGAUGCGGACACCUUUGUUACCGAAUACUUUCUAAUACGCUUCUGCCUUGGAGACAUUUAACUUAACCGUCCCACUUCUGACACGUUCUUCACACAACUCUUGAGUAGUAAACUUGGAUUUUACACCAAAAAGGCAUUUCUUUGUUCCUCCACCAAGUGGUCCCAAGGAUUGCCAUGGAUGCUCUUAUCACUUUUUAACCAUCCCACUUCUGACACCAUUUCUCACAAAACUAAAUAGUAAACCUGUAUUUUAACCUGGUGUUGAAACAUCUGUACGCUGACAACUACACCAAGGGACUAUUCCUUGUUACCCAUCAAGUAAUCCGAAGGAUUGUCAUAGAUGCCCUUAUGACUUAAGUAUCCCACUUCUGACACGGUUUCUCACAAAACUGAGUAAUAAACCUAGAUUUUACCCACUUGUAUACUGACUACUACACUAAAAGGCUAUUCUUUGUUCUGCCAUCAGGUGGUCCCAAGGCUUUGCCAAGGACUUAACCAUCCCACUUCUGACACCAUUUCUCACAAAAUUGAGUAGUAAACCUGGCUUUUAACCUGGUGUUGAAACACCUGUAUACUGACUAUGAUACCAAGGGGCUCUUCCUUGGUCCGCCAUCAAGUGGUCCAAAGGAUUUCCAUGGAUGCCCUUAUAACUCAACCAUCCCACUUCUGACACCAUUUUUCACAGAACUUUGAGUAAUAAAGCUAGAUUUUAACCACCUGUUUACUGACCAUGACACCAAGAGGCUAUUCCUUGUUCUGCCAUGAAGUGGCCCCAAGGCUUUGCCAUGGACUUAACAUCCCAUUUCUGACACCAUUUUUCACAGAACUGAGUAGUAAACAUAUAUUGUACCCACCUACACUAAAAGGCUAUUCUUUGUUCUGCCAUCAGGUGGUCCCAAGGCUUUGCCAUGGACUUAACAUCCCAUUUCUGACACCAUUUUUCACAGAACUGAGUAGUAAACAUAUAUUUUACCCACCUACACUAAAAGGCUAUUCUUUGUUCUGCCAUCAGGUGGUCCCAAGGCUUUGCCAAGGACUUAACCAUCCCACUUCUGACACCAUUUCUCACAAAACUGAGUAGUAAACCUGGAUUUUACCCACCUGUAUACUGACUACUACACUAAAAGACUGUUUGUUCUGCCAUUAGGUGGUCCCAAGGCAUUGCCAAGGACUUAACUAUCCCACUUCUGACACCAUUUUUUCACAGAACUGAGUAGUAAACAUGGAUUUUACCCACCUACACUAAAAAACAAUUCCUUGUUCUGCCAUCAGGUGGUCCCAAGGCUUUGCCAAGGACUUAACCAUCCCACUUCUGACACCAUUUCUCACAAAACUGAGUAGUAAACCUGGAUUUUACCCACCUGUAUA